GAAUGGGUAGCCUUUUUGAACAAUUUCGAUUACAUAUUUUCCUCCUCAGAGCGACAGGCCGUCACGUCAUCUACCCCGUCCAGUCAGCCACACACGAACGUCCUUGUGAUGACGCGCCGACUUCUGCCGUCUCUGUUCCUGUCCCGGCCCGACCCCCUGGAGAGUUGGACGAUGUUGCAGACAGUGGCUGGCCUCUUGUGCCAGUGCCGCGGACGAAGUUGCCGAGUAUAGGCAGUGAGCAUGCUGUUCUGUUCAGCUUUGCCUACUCUGCAGAAGAGUUGUUCGUACAGCCGGCUCAGUUGGAGGAUCUGGUGUACCAGGUGGAUGAAGUUCUCAAUCGUGCGUACCUGAAACCUUUAGACACAAAGAACAUCAAAACAGGUUGUCUGAUAGCAGCGGAAUAUGAGAAAUUCUGGUACAGAGCCAAAGUGGAAGAUCGAGGAAAAGAUAAGGUUCAAGUCUACUUCAUCGACUAUGGCAAUAGAGAGCAGGUACCUCUAGCUUCGGUCAGGGAAAUCCCGAAUGAAACAUUGGCGCUGAGGACAGAGCCACUGGCUUGGAGAUGUGCACUGAGGAAGCCAAAGGAUCUUCAAAGCUCAUGGCUCCCAAAUGCACACAUCAUUCUGAGUGAGAUCACAAAAUCAAGAACCUUACUGGCAAAAGUACUUGACCGUUGUGGUGAGUGUUGUAUGGUGGACCUUGUUCUACCAGAUGGCCAAUUGGUGAACUCAGUGCUGGUCAAAUCUGACACUGAUCCGUCGGUCACCUCUUCACAAUCAGCAUCAUCUGCUCUCGAGCCGUCUACACAACAACAGAAGAUACCCAUGAAUGAGUCCAUGGAUGCCCAAACUGCCACUGCCUCUACUCAAACAGCAACCCCUGCCUGUCAGACACUUAAGAAGAAGGAAUCUGGAAGGGCUCGGAAGUUAAGCAACUCCUCUUUUUUAGGGUCAAGACGUAGCUGCCUCAAGACAUCCCCGUUUUCUGAGAGCAAAAGAAAGUUCUUUGUGGAUGACCCAGACCCGCUGGAGGUUCCAGAAGAUGAAGUGUUUGCUGUGUCUGUGUGCAACGUUCUUUCAGAGUCGUCUCUUCUUGUGAGCGCCAUUGGGGCAGAGUACUCGGACAAGUUGGAUGAGCUGGAGGAAUUGAUUUGCGAAAACUUUGAGAGCUGGCCAGUACCAACAAAGAUCAAGAAAACAAAUGUUUAUGCUUGUGUCUUCACGGGAGAGGGGAAUUAUGUGUUUGACAAAGCUGAAAAAGAAGAGGAGAUGACAAAAUAUUGCAGAGCCAGAGUCAUGGGAGACUAUAAAGAGAAGGCUGCGUUUGUCUACCUACCGGACCACGGCCGACAGACAGUUGUUCAUCACGAUCAGUUGCGAGAGAUUGACCCAAAACUCAACUCUUCACUCCCUUACCAGGCCAUCCCGGUGAACCUUUUAGGCCUGAACGACAUGCCAGAUGGUCACCGCACAGCAGUCAAGGAGGUCCUGAUUGGGCUCACUCUGACUGAGCCCACCGUCUUCAUGGCGGUCAGGAAAAACACGAAGAUCCAAGACCUCACCAGGUCUCCGUCGUCUGUUGAUGAGCUGCUCGUCACACGUGUUCGGAAGAUAAUGAGCUGUCUCUCCGUGGUGUGUGAUAUGGAGAAAGUGGCUGCGGUAUAUCAGGAUGUGUUUGGCGAGCCUCUGGACAAUGUAGAGGCGAUUUACAGACAUAUGCCCGGAUAUGGAUUCCGGACAGAAGGUCCUGAGAUCGAAUUGAUUGACAUAAGCAACAGCAUGGAAAAGAUCGUUAAUAACGUCAAUCAAACCGUACUGGACGUCAUGGAACUUUUGCCAAAUAUAAAUAUGAAGGCCAGAAGAAGGGAAACAGACCAAGUGAACAAGGAGAUGUUUAGAUCCAAUAAUGCUGCACAGACUCGUAAACUUGCUUCCAGUAAACAGUGUAAAGAUAUGACAAGCCAAGCACCUGUCAAAGAAGCAAGCACACAAUGGCUUCCAACUUGCGGAGCGUGCAGGCAUACAGCCCGGCUCCUACAGUCUGUUAGUCCUACACACAGCCCCGUCACUCCCGUCUGGACCUCGACCCCACGGGAUGGCAUCGGCAAAGCUCUGACACUUCUAGACCGAGCCAAGAGGUGCGUGCGUGACCUCGAUGGGGCAUCUCUGUGCUCUGCGGCAGCCUCAGCAUCCUCAUCUAUACCAUCUCUGUCGUCAGAGCCUCUCGUAUACUCUUCUUUAAAUUGCACCAGCUCAAAUCAACUACAACAAAGGUGUGCCUGUAAGACUGAAAACAUCAAUACAUUAAGCCUAUGCACUGCUGGUGUCACGAACCCUCAACCUCGAAGCCUGUACACUUGGGUAAACCCGAAACUCAAACACGGACAGGUUCAGAAGAACUCCAGCACAGGUAGUUUUGCAGAGAAUAUUGAUAGAAAAGCCAGGUACAAGCCAAGGAUUUUGUUCGGUUCUCCCGACGUUGCGCAGCAAUAUACACCACUGACUCCUUCUCCUGAAUCAGAAGCCCUGCACAUAGAGAACCUCAGCAAGUCAUAAUACGUUUUACCUUCACUAAACCUGAACUGUAAGCUUCUCGUUACCCCGCUGUGCAACCACCAAAGACGGUCACUCGGGGAGAGUAUAACAGCGGCCAAGGCGCUCAGAACGCGAAUCUCACCAAAGAUUAUUUUUUCUCAAGUUGUACUACAGAGCAAAACGUUUAAAGGAAAUGUUUAAAUAGUAAAUAUAAAAUGUUUUGUUGAACUUCAAAGAAAAUAAUGAUAUAGUUGCCCACUUACUGAGGUAAUUUACCAGCUCUCUAAAAAUGUAUGGCAUUGUAAGUUUUUUUUUUUUCUCCUUACAUAUUUCACCAAACUCAUAUCAACUAAAUUAACGUUGUGCCCCAAAGACUUUACUCGUCUUAACAUUAAUUAAGCCUAUACACCGGCCAGCUCAGGCAUAUUGUGAGUUGCUGAGGUUCUUUAUGUACAGGGCUCAGCUCGUUGGGCAUACUGUGCCGUUGAAUUGCGCAGGGAGAUAAAUGGAUAUCAGUGUUGUCUUUUUAUAGGUCUUGUGAGAACAAAUUCCAGGAAGAAAGGGCCAUCGUCUAAAGUAUUCAAAUUGUAUAUAUAUAUGCUCUAUGUGAUCACCAGAUUUGAGACAAAUGGUUUUAUAGUAAAGUGAAGUUUACGAAUGCAAGAUGUUAAUUUACACGGGCCAAGUUCUUUUAAUUCAGAAGACUUGUUCUGGAAACUCAUCAAUUUGUUUUAGGAAUCAAACUUGCCAGUUAUGCUUUAUGUUACACAUUAAUGUCUUGCUCUUUUGAGUAAUGUAUGAAAGGGGUUUGCAUUUCUAUUCUUGUGGACCAUAUUCUUUUAACUUAAGGUGAUUUGGGUAAAUUUACAAGCUGUAGUGGGUGCGUCUGGAGACGAAAUUCUAUUGUGAUAUUCUGCUACUGUGAUGGCAUGUUGUUCUUUCUGACUUAAACUUAUUAGCACUCUGAGAUAAGAGAUUGUUGUGUAGCUUUCCUGUUAUGUCAAGGCUCCUUUUCUUUUUUAUCCAUUCCUUUAAGGUAAUGCAUAUGCUUAAAAAAACAAACACACGCACACACAAACACACAAAUACACACACACGCACACACACAAACACACAUGCACGCACAGACGAAGGCACACACGCACAUAAAUACGCAAUUAAAUACGCACAUAAACACGCACAUGAACACGAACAUGAACACGAACAUAGACAC